AUGGGUCGAAGAAACCGUAACGUUAAUAAAUUUGCACAACGCAAGCGAGAACGGAAGGAACAGGCAAAGAAUCCACAAGAGAAACCUGCAGAUGAUACACGUAAGCAUUACGAAGAUAUAGUGAGAGAAAAUGCAUCAUUUGAAGAAUAUUACAAGACUCAAAAAGUGUGCCCAGAAGAAGAAUGGUCAGAUUUCAUGACAUCUCUAAAAGAAAAUCUACCCACAGCAUUCCGCAUAACUGGUUCCAAGUGUGAGGCUGAUGCAUUGUUGAAUAUUGUUAAGAGUGAAUAUUUCUCAGACAUUCUAAAUAUGAAAAUAAAAAAUGGAGAUAAAGAUGAGGAAGAAGAGAUAAAACCCAUUAGUUUACCAUGGUACCCAGGAGGCUUAGCCUGGCAACUCCGCCUAUCCAGAACUGACAUUCGCAGAAAUGAAUUGCUGUACAAACUCCAUAAUUUCCUAGUAGCAGAAACAGCUGCAGGAGGUGUUUCAAGACAAGAAGCUGUGUCUAUGAUACCACCAGUUGUGUUGAAAGUGGAACCUCAUCAUAAGGUAUUAGAUAUGUGCGCUGCUCCCGGUUCCAAGACAGCGCAGUUGAUAGAGUUCCUGCAUGCCGAAGAAGAGAAAGUACCCACUGGUUUUGUAAUGGCGAACGACGUUGACAAUAGCCGAUGUUACAUGUUGGUACAUCAAGCCAAGCGCUUGAAUUCACCCUGCAUACUGAUCACCAAUCACGAUUCUGCCGUUAUGCCGUCGCUCAUCACCACUGACGAAAAGGAUCCUACAGUGACAAAACCAUUAAAGUUCGACCGGAUAUUAUGCGACGUACCUUGCUCUGGAGACGCGACCCUGCGUAAGAACCCCGACAUUUGGUUGAAAUGGUCUACUGGGAAUGGGAAUAACCUUCAUGGCAUACAAUACCGCAUACUCCGUCGUGGCUGUGAACUCCUGGCUGUGGGCGGUCGUCUCGUCUACUCUACUUGCUCCUUCAAUCCUAUUGAAAAUGAAGCCGUUAUACAUAGGCUACUGCAAGAAAUCGGCGAUAGCGUUAAACUGGUGGACGUGUCGGAUAUGCUGCCGGGAUUGAAGUUUCACAAGGUGCACUGGUGUCAGUACGCUGCUUGUGCGCUCUUUGGUGCACUCGUGCCUUUGGACACCUUGAGUACACUAGCACCUCCAGUGCACUGGUGUCAGUACGCCGCUUGUACGCUCUUCGGUGCACUCGUGCCUUUGGUACACCUUGAGUACACUCGCACUUCCAGUGCACUGGUGUCAGUACGCUGCUUGUGCCUUCGGUACACCUUGAGUAGACUCGCACUUCCAGUGCACUGGUGUCAGUACGCUGCUUGUGCGCUCUUCGGUGUACUCGUGCCUUCGGUACACCUUGAGUACACUCGCACUUCCCAGUGCACUGGUAAGCCUGCUUGUGCGCUUGAGUACACUCGCACUGCCAGAGCACUGGUGUCAGUACGCUGCUUGUGCGCUCUUCGGUACACUCGUGCCUUCGGUACACCUUGA